CUCUUCCUAAAUUUAAAUCGACUGAACGGGAUUUUUCAAGUUUAAACAUUUUUACUGUACCGUCACCUAGACAACAAUCGGCCAUUUUUUGUAAUCAAAACAUUCACAACGUGUUUUAGGUUUGUGCGGCAAAAUGUCAGAUAACGAAGCUGAGGAAACUUUUGGAGAGGAGGAGGAUAAUGCGGAAGAAGCAGGAGGAGAAGAGGGAGAUGAGGAAGUUCUUGGUGAAGAGGAAGAAAAACUUGGAGAAGAAGAAGAAGUAGAAGAAGAGGAGAAAGUUCCAGAUUUAGCAUUAACAGAAGAACAUAUAGCAGAAUGUUUGUCAUUGCUGUGUAAAACAGGAGAUGGUCUGGCUCAUGCUUAUGUUAGACUAGAUGUUCAUGACAGACAACUGACAGACAUAAAUAUUCUCAAAUCGUUCAUUCACCUUCGAUAUUUGGAUCUUAGCAAGAACAAUCUCAAAGACAUCUCAUGUCUAAGUGCCCUUACACAUCUAUUAACAUUGAAAGCAGAUUAUAAUUUGUUAACCACAGUUAAACUUGAGGAGAUGCCCUUUUUACAAGUGGCCAGUUUUAACGACAAUAAAAUGAAAACAUUGGAAGGCUGCAGUCAUCCCAUGUUGGAACAUCUGAGUGUAAAUAAUAAUUUAAUAUCAAAAGUAGAUACUUUAGAACCAGCAAAAUUAGCCAGACUUCAUACGCUAGAAUUACGAGGCAAUAAAUUAACAACAACAGAUGGUUUCUGCCUGCCUAACUUAAAAAAUCUCUUUUUGGCUCAAAAUGUAAUCACAGUGAUAGAAGGCUUGGACAGAAUGUCCAGUCUGACAACAUUACAUAUGAGAGGGAACCAGGUCAAAACACUGGAUGGCUUCACUGAUGGUCUACAAAUGUUACAAUAUAUAAAUCUAAGAGAGAACAGUGUAAUGGAGGUUAAAACAGAGGUACCCAAACUGCAAUGUCUACCCCUCCUCAGAGCUAUGGUGCUGUCUGAGAACCCAUGUACAGAGGAAGAUGACUAUAGAAUUGAGGUCUUGAUUGCCCUACGUAAACUGGAGAGGUUAGACAAAGAGGAGUAUCAGGAGGAGGAACGAACUGAGGCAGAGGCUAUUGCUGAACAGAGGAAAGAAGAGGAAGCUAAUGCUGAGAAUAAAGAGGAUACACAACAGGAAGAAGAUUAAAAUAAACGAAGAAGUCUCCGACGAUGAAGAUUGAAGACAGGGGAGACAAUCCAUAAGUAACCAAAGCUUUCACUGUGAUAUGGACUAAUUCUGACAUCAUUUCACCUUACUGUAUGAUCUGAAAACUGACAUUGAAUUAUUUAUAUACUAAUAUGAAAAAAUAUUUAAUAAAUUAUGAAAAGAAUAUUGUACAACAUGACUAAAAAUAUUAUGUAUGAAAGUCUUAGUUAUUUUAUUGAACAUGUGACAUGUUAUUGUAAAUAUAAGAAUUUAUAUUAAAAUAUGUAUAUUUA